UGGAUAUCUAAUGGGUUAAUCCAACAGUCCAUACAGUAGAUGCGCUGUGUGACGGACGGUCGCUACCUUCUAUUUUCUGCUUCAACAGUUUGGUACCAUGAAAUGAAUCCCUAGAUUUCCCAUUGCCUCCCCUAACACUUUGACGUUGCUAUGUGCAAACUUACAAACUCCUUUUGUCGUAAGAUUUACAGAAAGAGUAGAAUGACCACCCCGCCAAUUGCAAUUAACACCGUGACGGGUGGUGGCGCCGCCGCUCAGUUCCGGAAGGUCCUGAUAACCGGGGUGAGCCGUGGCCUGGGCAAAGCCUUAGCUCUCGAAUUGGCUAAGCGUGGCCACACCGUAAUCGGCUGCUCCCGCUCUCCAGACAAGCUUCCCUCCCUCCAGUCGGAGCUAUCCUCUGCCUCCGACAACAAGAGCAACGCCAACCAGCACCUCCUUAUGAAUGUUGAUGUGAGGUCUAAUGGUAGCGUCGAGGAGUUGGCCCGUGCUUUGGUGGAGAAGAAGGCUAUUCCAGACAUUAUAGUAAACAAUGCUGGUACAAUAAAUAGGAACAAUAGAAUAUGGGAGGUUCCACCAGAUGAAUUUGACACAGUUAUUGAUACAAAUAUCAAGGGGAUAGCAAAUGUUCUGCGGCAUUUUCUUCCAAUAAUGACUGAGAACAAGCAUGGGAUUGUUGUCAACAUGUCGUCUGGAUGGGGAAGAUCUGCCGCUGCACAGGUGGCUCCUUAUUGUGCCUCAAAAUGGGCAGUGGAGGGUUUGACAAGGGCAGUCGCAAAGGAGUUGCCUGCUGGAAUGGCUAUUGUUGCUCUCAAUCCUGGUGUAAUUAACACUGAGAUGCUCCAGUCAUGUUUUGGAAGUUCGGCUGCUCUAUAUCCGACUCCUGAAUCAUGGGCUCCCAAGGCAGCUAACCUGAUUCUCCAUCUGACGGCGGCAGAUAAUGGUGCAUCUCUCACCGUGUGAAUAUGCCAUUGAUGUUUUGUACACGAGGAGUACAACACAUAUUAAACAAGGAUAUUUUCUCUUGACUUUUGAUUGCCAUAAAUCGAUUCAUUCCUUGUGCUGCUACCUGGAAGAUUCAUUGUAGAAGAACAAGAAAAAUAGCUUGUACUCACAGAACUAACUAAAACUACGGUAUCCACUUGUAGUGAAUUGUUAUAUUUUAGUAUAACUUAAUUUUCAUGUAAUCAUGAUACAUGAUGUGAUCAUUUGAGGGCGAAGCAAGAGUGAAAUUUAAAAGUAAUCGUUGGUCUUCCAUUGCAAUCGAAGAAGCUAAAAUACCCAUGUUUGUUGUUAUUGCAAUCAAAUAAGCUUAGUACUCAUGUUUGUUUAGCUCUGUUAUUUAGUUUUAGGACCUAGUUUGGUCUCUUAGGGGUCUUCGUGG